GAUAAUUGAAGAAAGAAAGCAGAGGAUCCAUCUUGGAAAGUUCCUUUCUUUUUCUAUGUAAAUUCCUCCGUUUUCUCAGUAACCAGACAGAGGUAUUUAUGUCUCAAAGAAAAGCACUUGCUUAUUAGCUGUGGAAAUUGAGAGAGCAACAACUGGUUUCCUGGUUUGCAAAUACUCGUCGUGGAGAUCAGUCUUCUUCUGACCCAUCUUUAACACCUAGUAGUAAUCUUUACAGACCCUCCUUGAGUUCCAGGGAUGACGGCUACUUCAAAAUCAGCAGAGUGGAUAUUUUUAGCCACUAACCUUGGCCUAGAGAUCUUGUCAGCUGCUUGUGAUCAGGCUUCCUCCCCAAGAAGACCCCACUAUGCACUAUUUGGGAUGCUGUUGGCUAUUGCAGCUCUGCUCAUUUCCAUUGGGGAGCUAAUUUACAGAGGUAAAAAGGAAAGAGUUGUGUUCAGGAGCCGGGGAAUGCUCAUGUGGUUUUAUCAUCCGCCAAUUCCUCCAUAUACGCCUUUUGGUACUCUUCCUGACAUUUAUGGACUCGUUGCUGGCAUCUCACAGUGCAUUUGCUCUAUAGUUCAGUAUGUUUACUGCCUUCGGCAUGCUGAUAGUCCUUUCAAAGCAUCCCUUUUGCCUGCCAUAUUUCUUAUCUGUUUAGUUGGUUCAAGACUAAGUAAGAACCGUAUGAACGCCAAUACUUCAAGCAUGGAAGAAACUUCGUUGCAUCCAAUCCCAGAGCAUUAUGCACCUGCAAAUAUACCAUUUCUCGAUAAUCAGGAGGUAAAAGUACUAAUUUAAUUACGAUUUAAAGUAAAUUAUUUCCAAAACAUUCAUACAUACAUAUAUAUA